CUGACCUGCCAGAUUACAACAGAAAAUAGGAAUGAAAACACAAAUUAAUGAAUUAAUAUAUUUAAAUAAUCUUGUAAUACCAUGUCAUAAAGACGAAAGAAAAAUGCAUUUGGACUACAAGUCCCAUAGGACAACACAGUUUGUCUCAACUUGAUGACGUAUAUUUGACGCGCCUCGCUUAGCUCUAGAAGGCAAGAGGGACUGUUGUGGCUAACGAUACAACCACUAACCGUUAACUCAUCGCCGCUCAUUUAACGGUAUCCAACAACCGAUGUCUCAACCGCAACAACCGGUGCCCUCCGCCCCGGACUCCCCCGCGCUGGUCGUCACCAGUAACGUGCAGAAAUAUGCGAUGAAGAAGAAGAAAGUCCUCAGUGCUGAAGAAACGGAGCUGUUUGAACUAACUCAGGCUGCAGGGAUCACUGUGGACCAAGAGGUCUUCAAGAUCAUAGUGGAUCUUUUAAAGAUGAAUGUGGCUCCUCAAGCAGUCUUCCAGACUCUGAAGGCGAUGUGUGCAGGCCAGAGGGUAGCUGAAAGCUGCAGCGUUGUGGAGUCUUCCACCGUGUCCCACGCCACCAGCAUCCCCACAGCACCAACAGAGGCCAGAGAAGAGGACUCUUUGGUCUCUGGAAAGAGCUCUAAGCCUUCUGCAGCUCCCCCUUCAGCAUCUGGCCCCAGAGCCACGAGGGUCAGCACUAAGAUUGUGGUCUACGGCCCUCAAGACGCUAGCGCUCCUCACUCUCAAGCAGUGCGCAGUAAAGCUGGCGCGAGCCACAGCGACAAGAGUCGCGAGGCUUCCAGCCAGCGCGUGCAGCGGCAGCCCAGCGCCACCAGGGGGCAGAAGCCCAAGAGCUCCGGCAGCAGCAGCUCCUCCUCACAGAUCAACUCCACAUAAGACUCAGGUCAACAUGCGACUGUAAAUAUGUAGCUUUCUUUACAUUUAACUUAUCUGCAUGUGUUUUUAAAGGGUUGCUUCACCUGAAUUAAAAAAAAAACACACAUUGGAGCUUUGAUUUUUAUUUACCGUGCUUUUGAAAAACCUUCUUUGUUUUUUUUAGACUGGAUGUGAAUUCAUUUGUGUUAGUGCUACAAAACUAUAUUUAAAAGAUUCAACAGUAUUUCCAGAAACAGGGGUGUUCAAAGUCUAACACUGUUACGGUUUUUAGUGUUUACUAUUCUAAGGAGCAUUUCCUCCCUAUGAUCUCUAAGUGUUAGUCACACUGGAUGUGUAUCAUGUCUGUGUGUAACAAGUAGGUCUUUAAUCGGGCGCUAAGUGUUUUAAAGUACCUUACCUGCCUUUCACCUCAUGCUUAAUGGAGGGUUUCUGGAUAAAUCACUGUGAACACUUUUUAAUAGGAACUAUUUCUUUGGUCUGAAAUUCAGUUCCUAUGAAAACAGUUGACACUGAGGUCUGUGACGAGAGAGCCAGAUAUCUUAAAACCUUGGAAAGUGAAAUAAAAGCUUAAGUGAGAAUCUUUUUUUGUAAUUUGGGUAAAGCAAUCCUUUUAAAAAAAGUGUCUCUCCUCCUUCUCGUUAUGAAGUGAGGAAAGCCUUUUGUUGCCGUGUCACCUUUUUAUGAGAAUGAAAACAAAGAAAUAUUUAAGAAAAUGGAAAUGUCUGUAUUCAAUGUGCAACUUUUUAUAUGAUGGUUAAUCUUUAAUAAAUCCAAUAGCAACCUAC